UCAGUUUCGUACUGCAAACUGCAACCGAAAUCGGCGAAAACCGAAAAAGCACGUUGUUUUGAUUUUUCCCCAUGUUGCGUUUGUAAAAUAAUAAACCGUAAUUGGUACUAUAAUGGACGGGCUAUCCACUACGGAUGAGAACGGUGGUGUUCCCGCGCCUAGUUCGAAUGUUCCGGUGAUGUUGGGAAACUGUGCCAGUGGUAGUUCGAGUGCUAGACAAUCACCGAAAGUGUGUGUUACGCCUGCUUCGCAAAUCCUUCUUCAGAGAAAUUCCCUGUCGCCAAACAUCCCUAGGAAAGUUAUGAGCAAAAACAAUAACAACACAAUUUUCCCUACAUCGUAUCCAAAUAAUCAAGCGGAACUGCAACUCUUCAGGGUCAUGCAGAAUGCAUCUCUCCUACUCUACUACGACACUCUUUUAGAGAUGGGCGGCGACGAUGUCCAACAGCUAUGCGACGCAGGAGAAGAAGAAUUCUUAGAAAUCAUGUCCUUGGUAGGUAUGGCGUCGAAACCUCUUCACGUGAGGCGGUUGCAGAAGAGCCUUCAAGAAUGGGUUACGAAUCCUACGAAGUUCAAACUACCCCUAGUGCCCGGUGAAGAUUUUGAACUAGAACUAUCGAGUCCUAGAGUGACUAGUAAUCAUGUGUUUUACUCGGAUAGCGGUGAUAGUAGUAGUAGGACGAUGUAUUCUCCUUCUCCUGGUGAUGUUUGUGCCUUACCCCCUGUUUCUAGCCCUGGAUUAACACUUAACAAUAAAAGGCCUUAUUCCCCAUUAGAUCCAGCCUGCCCUCCAUCCUCUAGUUCAAGUCCCGGAGCAAAUAUGUCCGUUCAACUAUCCCCUAGCCUUAUGGAAAGCCAAAUAGUCAAACUAGCAGCUGCAGCUGAAAGGCUGAGUAAACAGCUGCCCCAAUUCGAACCAAAGCCGCAUAACACCAAGAAAAAAGUAUGCAAAGAACUAGAACUAGUUAUAUCAAUGCCAGAGAAUGAUCCUAGACGGAUGGACGAAAUUCGAAGGUAUGCUGCUAUUUAUGGAAGGUUUGACUGUAAGAGGAAACCUGAGAAACCAUUAACUCUGCACGAAGUGUCGGUGAACGAAGCUGCGGCGCAGAUUUGUAGAUUUAUUCCAGCGCUGUUGACGAGACGCGACGAGUUGUUCCCACUUGCCAGGCAAGUGGUUAAGGAUUCGGGCUGCUAUUAUUCAAAAACUCAAUUAUCGACGGUUUACAUGAAUAAACAGGCAGUCAUGGGACAUGAAAGGGAUCAAGACUUGUCGGCUAGAGCUAGUCCAAGGAUAGGCGCUACGGAAAUCGAUGGACCUGCGAGCAAAAGGCCCAAAGUGGAGACGAACUCGGACUCUGACGACCGGCAGGACUAUGAUGAUGCCCUCGUGGUGAGAACUUCAAUCCAUUCACUAUUUCAAAAUUCCAGAAUUCAUCAGUCCAAUUCUAGGGGCACAACUUCAAGAAGAUCGUCAGUUGGAGCUGAAGUUGACGAAUCAGAUUCUCAAUUUACAUAUAGUAAUUCAAGUAGUCCUCAGAGAAAAAAUGAAGAUCCAGGUGAAAAUGAGGAAGAUGCAAGUAAAUAUUCUCCAAAAGUACAAAUAAUUGCUGCAAGCGGAGAUAACAUCAUAGCCGUAGCCAAUCCUGCAUUAGCGAUGUCUUCAGCGAUUAUGCCACCUUUGACACCGAUAAUAGAAGCUAGAGAAAAUCGGACCGAAGUAGAUUGACUGAACAGUCUCAUUUCUGAUAAUAAUUUUGUUAAUUAAAAGAGAUUUUAAUACUGUGAUUUCAUAUGUUAUCUGAAAAUCAUUAGAGCUGACUGAUAUGUUGUAAGUUAUUAAAUACUAAGAG